AUGCUUAAUAUUAAACGAAAAAAAACAUUUUCAAAGAAAUCUAAGCUUUUGGUCAAAGAAAAAGAUAUUCCUUCAUUAAACACAUCUGUUCCAGCAAAAGUACAAAAACCUCGAAAAGUAUUUGUUAAAGAUAAAGCUGCUUUAUUGUCUAUUUUGGAGCAAGUAAAUCGGAAAUUAGAUGAUGAAGCUAAUAUUAAGCGGGAAAGAAUGAAGGACAUAAUGGCACUUAAACAGGUAAAACAAGCCAAACGAGAAACAAGAGAACUCUAUAAAAAAAAUAAGAAACAAAAAAAAUGGGAAGAAGCAGUAGCAAAAGUUAAGCAGAAAAAACGUAAUACAAGAUAA